AUGGGACACAUCACUUGCUUCAUACUAACUUUAAGUGUUUUUUUCCCUCUUGCUCCAGCAAAUAAAUUGAAGAUUCUUCCACCAACAGUAGGGGGGCUACGCUGCCUCCGCACUUUAGACAUCAGGGAAAACAGACUGAAUGAGCUGCCCCCAGCCCUGGCCAAUGUCCGCACUUUAGAGACCAUGUCUUUGGAUGCGGCUGUCAUGGUGUUUCCUCCAGUGUCGGUGUGCAGUGAGGGGACGGAAGCUAUUCAACAAUUCCUGUGCAAGGAGCUUGGAAUUGAGUACUGCCCCCCAUCGCAGUACCUGCUUUCUGUUUUGGAAAGUGAUGUUUGUGAUGGAGGAACAGAUUCUGUAGAUGGCGCUUUUUUGAAGUCUUUGAAGGAGGAGUCCGAAUGGCAGCACAAAUUUUCUGAAUAUGAGAAGAGAAAGAACAAAAAAAUGCUGGAAAAGCUGGAAUUUGAACGUCGCUUGGAAUUGGGCCAGAGGGAACAUGCUCAGCUUUUCUUACAGAGCAAUUCCCAUAAGGAUGAGAUUCUACAGACAGUCAAAGAGGAACAAUCCAAAUUAGAGAAGGGGCUCAAUGAACAUCACCGUCAGAUGCAGAGUGAUCGGCAGAGGCUACAGGAUCAGCUGAAGCAUAUGGAGAAGGGAAUAUCGCAUCGUAUAGCAAACUUGCUGGAAGAAAACCGCAGACAAAAGCAAAGCUCCGCCAUUCUGAAGUCUCUGGAGGAUGAAAGGAUAAAAAUGGAGCACCUCAUGGCAAUCACACAGGAAGAGGCAGAAAACCUUAGACGAAAAGAAGUUGCUGCGGCGAUGCAGAAAAUGCUGGCGGAAAGUUACCAGAACAAGCUCUUGCAAAUGGCUUAUGAAGCAAGGCGUCAGGAGAUGGUUUACCAGACAUGCUCCAGCCUGGCAGGAAUGGACCGCAAGCUCCAGCAAAUCCAGUCAUGGCAGCAGCUAGAUCAGAGUAAGGCCAUCAGCCAGAUCCUGCAGGAGUCAGAAAUGCAGAAAGUGGCCUUCGAGGCCUUGCAGCUGAAGAAAGAUUUAAUGCAUCGGCAGAUACGGGAACAGAUAUUAUUAAUAGAAGCUGAGUUAAUGCAUCUGACUCAGCUGGAGGUAAAGAGGCAAGAGCUGGACACAGAGGCACUUCAGGAGGUCAUUUCGGACCAGCGGAGAGCCCUAAGUGAACUCCUGCAGCAGUUACUGAAGGACAAGAAACAGAGGGAAGAAGAAUUGUUGGCCGUGCUGCUGGAGAUGGAUGCAAAGAGUGAAGCCAGGCAAGAGAACUACUGGUUGAUUCAAUAUCAGCGAUUAUUGAACCAGAAGCCUCUGUCCCUCAGACUCCAGGAAGAAGGUCUUGAAGAGGAACUGGUGAAUCUUCUGAGAGAGCUUUCUGCAGAGAAGUAUCUUCCCAUAUUUGCUCAUCAUCGUUUCUCCUUGGAAAUGUUGGAGAAGAUGGUUCCUGCUGACCUCAAGAAGGUAAGCACAUUUAGGGCAGCAAAAAUUCUACCGGACAUCUCUAUUGGUAAUGAAAUUAUACUUAUUUUUAAUAUGAGCUGUUUUCUGAUGAAAGCAGAAGUGAACAAAUUGUCACCUAGUCAACCAGAGCCCAGCAGUCCAGCUGCCAGCGAACUGAGCCCAACAGCGCCCCCUGACCUCUUACCUGAUGUGGCCAACAGCAACUCUGAGUGUGUAGUCUGCAUGGAACAAGAGUCAAUAUUCAUUCCUUGUGGUCAUGUUUGUUGCUGCACCAGUUGUGGAGAUGCACUCCAUGUCUGCCCACUGUGCCGAAGAGAUAUUGCCCAGCGCAUCAGGAUCUACCACAGCACCUAA